CAUCUCCAGAAACCAGUCUACUGCUCUCAAUUAAUUAAUUAUUUAUUUAUAUUGUGUAUAAAUAUAUCAGCUCAGCUGGUUCAUAUUCAGUUGAGUGAGUCUCAGUAUAGUGGGGAGGAGAACUAAGAGAUAAUCAAAUGGCGGAGGAGGUGAUUCUGAUCAUGGAGGAUGAGAAUAAUAACAAUAAUAGUAAUAGUAAUAGUAAUCAUAAUAAUAUUAGUGUGUCGGUGGUGAUUGUAGGAGCUGGUCCUUCUGGCAUUGCUACCUCCGCCUUGCUCAAUUCUCUGUCAGUUUCAAAUCUUGUGCUUGAGAAGGAGGACUGUUGUGGGUCCCUCUGGAAGAAGCGGUCCUACGACCGUCUGAAUCUUCACUUGGCAAAGAGCUUCUGCAGUUUGCCGAUGAUGUCCCAUCCCUUCCGAACCUCCAUUUUCAUGUCGAAAGACGACUUCAUUCGUUACCUGGACGAGUACGUGGCCAGGUUCAACGUGAACCCUCGCUACUGCAGUGACGUGGAGGAGGCUGUUUACGAUGAAGAGGAAGGCAAGUGGAGGGUGACAGUGAAAGACACCGCUUCCGGGACGGUGUAUGAGAUCGCAUCGGAUUUCUUGGUGGUUGCAACUGGAGAAAAUAGCCAGCCUUUUCUCCCCAGCGACUUGCCUGGGAUGGAGACCUUCCCAGGAAAGGUGAUUCAUUCCAGUGACUAUAAAAACGGGGCCGUUUUUAAAGAUGAAAAGGUUUUGGUAAUUGGCUGUGGCAAUUCUGGGAUGGAAAUCAGCAACGAUCUUGCAGACAAUGGAGCACAUACGUCCAUUGUUGUUAGAAGCCAAGUAAGAGUACACAUCACCUCUCUUCUAGCUACCUACCAUUUCAGUUUAGAAAUUAAUUUCUCACUUCUUUCCGGACAUAUAGAAAAUAAGUUGGCUAAUUAAGCUAUUGGGUGCAUAUAAUGUGUUUGUCUUCUUCUUUUCU